AUGAAGCUAAUCCUCCUGUAUCUUUGCCUCAUGGGCACAUCCUGUGCCAUGUCGCUACGCAAACCUCGUAAGGCAGGAUUUGGAAGUAAGAGUGAAGAAAUGAUGCAGUUUGGUCCGUAUGGUUAUAUGAAUUCGCCACAACUGGCUCAUUGGGCAACUUCCUUAUACGACUUCCAUUCAAGUUUUCCACAGAUGUUUCCCCAGCAGUCUAUAUUGCCUCAGCAGAGAUUUUACCUCUGGCAGCAGCAGACACCAGUACAUCAAGCUGCCAAGCUGCCCCAGCACGAGCCUCACCAAACUCCAGCGUCCAAGCAGCCAAACAGCGGGCCACAGCCAAGGCCACAGUUACUACCACAACAACCAAGACAUCAACAACCACAACCAAAAAUACAGCCACCGCCAAAACAGCCUCAAAGUACCAACCCUUCUCAGGCUCACCAACAAGUGCCAGUUCAGCAACCCAAAGGCGGAAAGCAGCAACAGCCUCCGGCAUUUCCACCACAUCAACAGCAGCCCUGGCAUUUUCCACAGAUUUUUGGUCACAGAGGCUUCCAGCCACAAGCAUUUGGCCCAUAUCAGGGACAUAUGCCAUAUGGACAGCCACCUAUCAGCAAUGAAGAAGGGACCCCUUAUUUUGGAUAUGGCUACCAUGGGAUGGGAGGCAGACCUCCCUAUUAUUCUGAAGAGAUGUUUGAGCAAGACUUUGAGAAGCCCAAAGAAAAAGAAGCCCCUAAAGAGAGCCCAGCACCUGAUCCUGCAACCAACUCAACGGUUUCGGGAACAAAUUCAACCAUCUCUAAUCCAGCCAGCCAGGGAGGGAAUGGUACCAUUUCUGGGCUUGGUACAACAGGCAAUGGAGCCAGUUCUCCAGGCCUUGACAGCAAAUUGCUCCAUGGAAGUGGGGUCCCAACACCUUCUCCCACUGUUCAUGUGUCAGCAGGAAAUGGAGCAGCACAGAAUGUCAUUGAUCCAUCAAGUCAUAGACCUCUCUCUCCAAAUGUCAAUGCCAUCCAAAGCUUUCCAUCAGGGGGUCAACAAUCCCCAGGGCAUGGGUCACAUAUCUAUAAAUCCCAUCCAGAUAUGGGAGAUACUAGACACAAUGCUUUGAUUUCUAGAGGAAACCCCUCUACACAAACAGAAGACCCAACAUAUCCCAUGGGCUAUGGAGAGAAUUCUAACCACAAAGGCAAUCUCCAGAGUACAAACAGCAACUAUCCCCCAAUAAACAGUAGAUCUAACCUAUAUGGGCAACAGGAGCAACCCCAUUAUCCUGGGAGGAACCCAUCAGGCCAAAGAGAAAGACUUUCUUUUCCUAGCUCUCAUCCACAAGGCCAGGGAAAUAAAGAUCCAGUCUACAGGGAUAAUAAUCUAAAUCAUCUCCUGCCUGAAGGCAAUUCCCUGGAUCCACAGUUUAAUACUAUAGGACGAACUGGGGAUGUUUAUAAUGCAAGAGAAAAUGCUGAUCGGUUUCAGCAUUCUGGAGUGCACAGAUCAAGUACACUUUCCCAUCAGGGAGUAUUUUCAGCCACAAGCAGAACUCCAUUUGAAAUAGAAACCCAGCAGUAUGAUUGGAAGGGGCAGUCCUUUAAUCAUCCAGAUCAUGAAAGAGAACGAUUUCCACCUUCACAAAACCACAUGUGGAACAACCAAGAAGAUUCACAGGUCUUCCAAGAAGCACCUCCCAGAUAUAACUCAAUGUAUUCAUCUGGUUCUUCUCGUCAGAGGGGACAUGCCACCUACUCUGAAAAUAAUCACUAUGGUCAGCGUACCCCUUCCUAUUAUCCUAGAGCAAGGGAGGACAGAGAAAACUCACCUACAAUGGGCCCAGUGGAUCAAAGGGAAGAUCCAUCAUAUCCUCCAGAUCUGCCUUCAAAUCAGAUGCAAAGGAACACCUACCUCAGAAAUGUGCAACAGGAGCUCCCACCAUAUCCCAGACAAAAGCCAUGGACCCAAGAAAAACAUUUGCAUGACAUUGACAGACAGUAUAGAAAUCCUCCAUACAAUCCAACUCAGCACGAUAUAUAUUCAACAGAUAAUCCAGACAACCAAAGAAGUUAUUUUCCAUAUGAGGAAAUUAACCAGUGGACCCCAGAAGAACAUUCUCCAAUUCAUGGUGCAGAACACUUGAGUCAAUCAGAAAAGUCCCCAUAUGGUAUGAACAAUGUGUAUGGAUACAGAGAGAGGAAUUUGCAGAACCAAGGGCCAAACUCUCAUUUACAAAGCACCACUCUCCUCCAAAGCAGACCACAAUAUCCCGAAAGAGACACUUGGGCUCCCCAAAUGGUGGGCCCAUCUGCUCAGAAAGAAAAUUCACCCUACUUUAAUACCCACUCCACAGAUUUGAGAAGAAACCCAAUGCAUGCUGAAGACAGAGAGGGAGCUAUGCAUGGGAGCGCACUCAUUUCCAGUAUUAAUGUUGCAGAAAAAAACCAUUUUCUUGACACAGUGGGAUAUCCGGAUGACUACCCAAGAGAACACAGAACUAUUACUUCACAGCCAACUGCCAGCCAUUUGUGCUGUGAAGAUGAUUCCCCAGUGCCAAGAGAGAACUUACUUGCACCACUGCGAAGUGCUCCUCAUUUCCAGUUUGCUUCAUGGGAACAAAAAGGAAGCUUGGCAUAUCCAGAGGGCAAUCAUGCAAAGCAUGCCAGGCAUGCCCCAUACCCAACUGGCAUUCAAUCUAAUCACAGGGACAAGUCUUUGAAGCCUGGGAAAACAACUUCUCAUCAAAGAGAAAAUCUGGGUGCAUUUGGAGAGGAUGUAGCAGCUCUAAAGAAGAAUCUACCAUGCUCCAAGUCACAGCUAAGCCAGCAGAAUGAACAUGAAGCCAACUAUGAAACUGGACUACCUGCACCUAGGAAUGCACCUUGUUAUGGAAGCAGCAUUAGAGGUGAUGAACACAGUGGAUGGAUUGUAGGGGGAAAUCAACCCAAAAGAGAGUCUGAAAGGGAAGCUUCUAUAAAGCUUGUUCCUGAAAAUGUCCCAUCUCCACUGGGGAUCAGAAGUGAUCCUGGUGGUGAAGAUGUUAGGACAGAAGAACAGGAAGCCCUUGGGUUCAAGAGGAUCCCAUGCUUUGGAAGCUGGCUAAAGCAGUAUUUAGCUAGCACUGGAGCUCCAUCUGGUGAUCAACAGCACCAUCUAUUUCAUGCAGAGAAUCCAUCAUCCACUGGAAGGCCAAACAUCAUGCCAUCCGAACCACAGCCGAUCACUAGUACUAAUCCAUCUCUUGAUGUAGAAGAACCACCAUUCAAAUUCAGUUCUCCAGGAGAACUGGCUGAGCAAGCAAAUGAAGGGAUGCCAGACUGUUUACUGCUCCAAAGCAAAUGA